UUUUCAACUGCAAACAAUUGUAGCAAAAACCAUUACAACCGUGAGUCAUCCGUAAGAAGCAAAAGUUGUUCUUUUACGAAAGUAUGCCCGGUUUGGAACACAUUGAGGCCAUGGCUUCAACCCCAGCACCCGCUGCCACCUCGAUGCCAACCGAAACAGACGAUCCACACCCACACCAGGCCGCCCGUGAAUUGACCCAAACGGAUCAUCUGAACAGACGUCUCUUGAAAUCUCUUUUGGACACGAUGCAGAUGCAAAUGCAGUCUACGGACGAUGCGAUAAGGGGUAACGAAGACGGCAGCAACGAUGAGUCUAGCAAUGAAUUUGAUGAAUAAAUUCUAUAAUACUGUGCUUACCCCUUGAA